AUGCGGUGGCGGCUGCCGGGCGCCCGUUCGACCCUCCCCGCCAGCGUCGCCCUCCUCCUCCUCCCGGUCCUGGUUGCUCCGCAGCAGCACCCAGAAUCCCAUGACUCCUCUGCCCCUCAAGUCUCCGUGCCGUUAGCACCGACCGGAGCAGAUGCAUACCAUUCGAGUGCGGCCACUCUGGCCGUUCCCCCCAUCGUGAAAUCUAUCGAUGCGAGCGCCCUUGCAACUCUGGCUCUGGCGGGCUCCGGCCGCGCCGUUGGAGCCCCUCCUGUCCAGGCUAGCAGCACCGCUGCUGGCCUGGCUUCGCAGCUUCACGCGCGGUCCUUGCAGGACUGGGAGGUUGAGGACUUUGUGCUGUUGGCGACCGUCGAUGGAACCAUUCACGCAAGAGACCGCAGGACCGGCUCGACUCGCUGGGCCCUUGAGGUGCCCAGCAGCCCUCUCGUGGAGAGUAUCUAUCAUCGUGUAAAUCGCUCGAGUUUCGAUGAGACGCAGCCCGAGGAUGACUUUUUGUGGAUUGUUGAACCCAGCCAAGAUGGCAGCUUGUAUGUCUACAGCCCCGGCCCUGAGGCUGGGUUGCAGAAGCUUGGCCUGACCGUCAAACAAUUGGUGGACCAAACCCCUUAUUCCGGUAUUAGCCCUGCUGUGACGUAUACCGCUCGGAAGGAGACUACACUGUACACAAUUGAUGCCCGUACUGGGAGCAUCCUGCGGGUGUUCAGUUCUCGAGGACCAUUCACAGCCGGGCAGGGGUGCCGGAAAGUGGACGGCCUGGAAACAGACUCGGACGAGUGUGAGACAACUUCGGGCACUCUCGUGCUCGGCCGUGUGGAGUAUGCGGUCGCCAUUCAGAACACCGAGACUGGUGACCCAAUCUGCACCUUGAAAUACUCCGAGUGGGCCCCCAAUAAUCGGGACAUUGACCUCCAGAGCCAAUAUCUCCGUACCAUGGACCAGAGUCAUAUCUAUAGUAUGCAUGAUGGAGUUGUGUUGGGGUUCGAUCAUUCUCGGAUGGAUCGGCCUCGGUAUACACAGCGUUUCUCCUCUCCCGUGGCCCGCGUUUUCGAUGUGGUCCGUCCUAUUGACAAGGAUUCCCCGGAUGCGUCCACCCCUUUGGUGCUUCUGUCACAGCCACUCCAGCCGCCAGACCCCGACUACGGCACAUUGGAUGAUCGAGACACACGCGUGUUCAUUGAUUCCACCAAUGCGGGAGGGUGGUACGCUCUGUCUGAAGAGACGUAUCCUCUCGUUACAGGCCGUGCCCCAAUGGCCCAGUGCUAUGACAAGGACUUUUUUCGCAAGGGACAGUCCCUCAUGAGCUUGACCCCAAGUCAACAACGAGAUGCCUUGGCUGGCGUCCAUUCACUGAAUAGGCCGCGUGUCACCCCUCCCAUCCCCCGACUUGGCAGCUCGUCGACAACCGAAUUGUCCAACGACACCCCGCGUGACGUCCUUUGGAGCCCCUCUGAACUCGCCCUUCCCCCCGCCCUUCGGCAUAGCGCGAUCAUCCGUAAGGGCUGGGAUAACGCCUUGGACAUUGUCGUCACUUUGUUUCUGUUGUUCAUUGGUACCUUUAUCUACUUCAACUCUCAUCAUAUCCGAGAUCUCGCAAAGCAGAAGCUGGACAUCAAGAACAUUAUCAACUCGAAUGACAAGUCUCCGCUUUCAACCCCUACCACCCCGAUUAUCGGUUCCGCUCCCGACAUCAAGCGAUCGUCUACUCCGGCUCGACAGGUACCUGGCGUAACUGUGGAGGUUGAUCUCGCCGACACCACUUCGGAGGGUGAUGUCACUCCACGAGCCUCGCGGGACAACAGCUUGCCGCCAGAUGGAACGCCUCGUGUGCAGAUCCGUGAGCCCUCGCGUGGCACUUAUGAUGGGAAGCCAGACAACGGAUCUCAGGAUACCGACAAGCCGAUCAAGAAGAGAGCUCGUACGCGCGGCCACCGGGCUGGAAAGGCGCAUCGUCGCCGCAAGCCGCCUGGUACAGAGGGAGGUGCCGACCACGCUGACCAGGUCGUGGAGCAAGUUAACAAUCUAGCCCCGCAGUCUCGUCUGGAGCCCGACAUCCAAAUGACCCGUACUGUCUCCAACGAAAUUGUGGAGAUGGAUGGUGUCAUCCGUAUUGGUCGAUUGGAAGUCUUUACCGAUGUUGUCCUUGGACACGGUAGUCAUGGUACUGUGGUUUAUCGCGGCGCAUUCGAUGGUCGGAAUGUGGCCGUCAAGCGAAUGCUGAUGGAGUUCUAUGACAUUGCCUCUCACGAAGUGGGACUAUUGCAAGAAAGCGACGAUCACCACAACGUCAUCCGGUACUUCUGUCGUGAACAGGCGGCCGGUUUCUUGUACAUUGGCCUAGAGCUGUGCCCGGCUUCGUUGCAGGAUGUUAUUGAACGCCCCUCUCAGCAUCCAGAGUUGGUCGAAGGGGGCCUCGACAUGCCAGAUGUUCUGAAGCAGAUCACCCAGGGAGUCCGCUACCUGCAUUCCCUCAAAAUAGUACACCGUGAUCUCAAGCCGCAGAACAUUCUGGUGUCCAUGUCCCGCGGUCGAACUCCAUACCGCGCUCUCCGUUUGCUCAUCUCCGACUUUGGACUAUGCAAGAAACUGGACGACAACCAGAGUUCCUUCCGAGCUACCACGGCCCAUGCCGCUGGUACGUCCGGAUGGCGUGCACCUGAGCUGCUGGUGGACGAUGACAUGGAGCCCACGAGCCUCGAGUCGCAACAUACGGAGUCAUCUGAGCCUGCCGUUGUGGACCCUCAGACGAACCGCCGUGCCACUCGUGCCAUUGAUAUUUUCUCGCUGGGCUGCGUGUUUUACUAUGUCUUGACUCGUGGCAGCCACCCCUUUGAUAAGAACGGUAAAUUCAUGAGGGAGGCCAAUAUCGUCAAGGGCCAAUUCGACCUGGAGGAGUUGAAUCGUCUCGGGAACUAUGCCUUCGAAGCUGAUGAUCUUAUCCGCUCGAUGCUGUCCCUGGACCCGCGUCAACGCCCCGACGCUAGUGCAGUCUUGAUGCACCCUUUCUUCUGGCCUCCAUCGGACCGACUCAGCUUUCUCUGCGACGUAUCGGAUCACUUUGAAUUUGAGCCGCGCGAUCCACCCUCGGAUGCCCUGCUCUGCUUGGAGUCCGUAGCCCGGCGAGUGAUGGGCCCCGAGAUGGAUUUCCUGCGUCUGCUGCCGCGCGACUUUAAGGACAAUCUGGGCAAGCAGCGCAAGUACACCGGGUCGCGGAUGCUGGAUCUCCUCCGCGCCCUGCGGAAUAAGCGUAACCACUACAACGACAUGCCCGAGUAUUUGAAAGCACACAUUGGCGGACUGCCGGAGGGCUACCUGAACUUUUGGACCAUACUCUUCCCCAGUUUGUUGAUGAGCUGCCAUCGGGUUAUUAUAGAGUUGGGUCUGACGGAUAUUGACCGUUUCCAGCGGUACUUUACUCCACCAGAGUGA